AUGUCUGCCCCCAACGACAAGCCCUCGACCCUCCAGUCGUACGUCGACUCGGCCACCGGCACCCUCCAGAGCGCCCUCGGGAGCAUCACUGGCAGCACCGGCGACAAGACUGAAGGCGAGGCCCGCAAGGACAAGGCCGAGCUCGAGAACGAAGCCUCUCACGCGGCCGUCAAGGUCCCCGGCGGCACCGUCUCGACCUCUGGCGUUGCCCGCGACGACCCCAACCGCACCGAGGGAUCCUGGAACCAGACCGUGGGCGCCGCGAAAGAGACUGUUGGUGGCCUCAUCGGCAACCAGUCCCUUAAGAACGCUGGCCGUCAGCAGAACCUCGAGGGUCAGCAGCAGGAGGCUCGUGGCCAGCUGAGCGACCUUGGCUCUGGCAUCGGCGACCGUGUCCAGGGCACUCUCGGCGGUGCCGUUGCCGGACUCACAGGUGACAAGGAAGGCCAGGCUCACUACAACUCGCUCCAUGACGAAGGCAAGACGAAGCAGCGUGGCGUGGAGGCCGACCUUCAGAAACAGGCCGAGGCAGAGCACAAACAGUAA